AUGUCCGGUGACAGGGACUAUAUCGGAUUCGCCACGUUGCCCGAGCAAGUGCACAGAAAGUCGGUUAAAAGGGGAUUCGAGUUCACCUUGAUGGUGCUGGGUGAGACCGGUCUUGGAAAGUCCACCCUGAUAAACAGUCUGUUUCUUGGAGAUCUUUACAAGGAUCGUCGUAUUCCCGAUGCUGGAGAACGUAUAGAGAAAACCACGACGAUAGAGAAGAAGACGAUGGAUAUAGAGGAACGUGGCGUCAGGCUACGGUUGACGAUCGUUGAUACACCAGGAUUCGGAGACGCAGUGAACUGCGAGGACACCUGGAAAGCGUGCUCGGCGUACAUAGACGAGCAAUUUCGACAGUAUUUCACGGACGAGAGUGGAUUGAACAGGAAGAAUAUCCAAGACAAUCGAGUCCACUGUUGUUUAUACUUCAUUCCUCCUUAUGGUCACGGACUCAGGCAACUCGAUAUGGAGGUACUGAGGCGAUUACAUCGCAAGGUGAACGUCGUUCCCGUGAUCGCGAAGGCGGACACGUUGACCACAUGCGAAGUGAAGCAACUCAAGGAACGGAUCCUCGCAGACAUCGAGGAGAACGAGAUUCAGAUAUAUCAGUUUCCGGACUGUGAUAGCGACGAGGACGAGGAGUUCAAACAACAGGACAAGGAACUUAAGGCGUGUGUCCCAUUCGCUGUAGUCGGUAGCUCAACGGUGCUCGAAGUUGCAGGGAAAAAGGUCCGCGGGCGUCAAUACCCAUGGGGAGUGGUAGAAGUGGAGAACCCGAAGCACAGUGAUUUCGUGAAACUCCGAACGAUGCUGAUAUCGACGCACAUGCAGGAUCUGAAAGACGUCACGCAGGACGUGCAUUACGAGAACUUCCGGGCCCAAUGCAUUUCCCAAAUAUCACAACAAGCGAUACGGGAACGGAGGUAUUUACGCAUCAAACUGAAGAGAGACUCAGGACCGCAUUUUGAGAACAGCAUAUCCGACACCGAUCGACUGCUUUUGCAAAAGGACGAAGAGAUACGUCGCAUGCAAGAUAUACUCGCGCAGAUGCAGGAGAAACUAAAAGCCACGGGUCAAGUCGGCCCUGGUAUCGGUCUCAGGGGAAGAGUCGGCAGUUUGGGAAACGAUUUGGACGCCACCGACGUAGAGAAGAAACGGAACAGUAUUAUAGACGUUUGAAUCUUCGAUCGUCCAAGAUAUAUUAGGAUUACGUUUCGACCGUCGAGUGCAAACUUUAGCACAAACGAGCCCGUUUUGGGUCGACACGAAUACGCACAAGGUUGACGAGCAACGUAUUUAAAGAGAAGGGAAACCAAGGUGUUUGUGUUUUACACCUUUCCACGCGUCGAAGAUGGACGGUAAUGCUUCUAAAAUCAU